AUGGCUGAAGCUAAGAAGCCUUGGGAUGCGCGGUACGCCAACCCCAGUAUUCCCCACACAAACUCCUACUACCUUAAGUGCGUAGGCGGUGGCAUCCUCUCGUGUGGCCUGACGCACACGGCUGUCUGCCCCCUCGAUGUUGUGAAGUGCAACAUGCAGGUGAGCCCCGAAAAAUUCAAGGGAAUUUUCUCCGGCUUCAAGGUUGUCGUCGCCGAGGAUGGCUUGGGCGCGAAGGGCAUCUGGAAGGGGUGGGCGCCCACCCUCCUCGGCUACUCCAUGCAGGGGGCGGGUAAGUUUGGCCUUUACGAGGUCUUCAAGGACAUGUACGCCAACCUCGCCGGCGAGAAGGCGGCGAAGCAGUACGAGGGCCUCAUUUGGCUCGCAGGUUCGGCGAGUGCGGAGUUCUUUGCCGACAUAGCCCUCUGCCCGAUGGAGAUGGUAAAGGUGAAGGUGCAGACGUCCCCCAGUGGGACAUUCCCAACAGGCUUCGGCGCCGCCCUCGCGGCGAUGCGAGCGAACCCGAAUUCCGGCUUCCCGUUCAAGUCGCUCGUGCCGCUGUGGUCGCGCCAGAUCCCGUACACGAUGGCGAAGUUCUACUUCUUCGAGAAGGUGGUGCGUCUGUUCUACGAGCAUGUCUUCACGAAGCCAAAGAAUGAGUACAGCAAGGCGACACAGCUCAGCAUCACCUUUGCCUCUGGCUACAUUGCGGGUAUUGUCUGCGCUAUCGUCUCGCACCCCGCCGAUUCGCUUGUCUCUGCGCGCGGCAAGGUCUCCAACGCAGGCAAGACGUACGGCCAGAUCGCCAGUGAAAUGGGAUACAUGAACCUCUGCACCAAGGGCCUCAUGGCGCGUAUCAUCAUGAUCGGUACGCUGACGGGUCUCCAGUGGUGGUGCUACGACACGUACAAGAGUGCGCUUGGCCUCGGCACCAGCGGCGGCUCCGGCAAGAAGUAG